AUGUCUCUGCCCUCUGCUGCCAUCAUCGGCUCGACUGGCCUGGUCGGCUCAAACAUCCUUUCAACGCUGCUGGCCUCCGAAAUCUACAACCCUGUACAUACCAUCACUCGACGCGCUCCCAAGGCGACAUCACCUCGCCUCAAUGCGAUAGUCGAUGCCGAUACUGCCAAAUGGGCAGAGCUUCUCACAGGGCUCACACCCAAGCCUUCUGUCGUUUAUUCUGCGCUGGGUACCACUCGCGCUCAAGCAGGCGGAAUCGCCAACCAGUGGAAGAUCGACCAUGAUCUCAAUAUCGAACUCGCAAAGGCAUCCAAGGCUGCAGGUGUCUCAACCUUCGUUUUCAUUUCCAGCGCUGGAACACGUUCCCUGCUCUCCUCAUCUUCACCGUACGCCAAAAUGAAGAACGGGGUUGAAGACGCGGUCAAGGAACUCGACUUUGAGCAAGCCGUGAUUCUCAAGCCCGGUAUGAUCCUCGGCCACCGAGAGGCCAGCCGCACAGUGGAAGGUAUUGCCCAAGGGGCAGUCAACGGUCUUGGCUAUCUCAGCACUGGUAUCAGAGAUACUUUGGGUCAAGAUGCUGAUGUCAUUGCGAAGGCGGCCGUGAGGGCUGCGCAGUUGGCGAGUGAGGGAAAGGCGCCGAGUAAAUAUUGGGUUCUUGGUGGAAGCGACAUCGUCAAGCUGGGAAGGACUGAGUGGCCGGGUAGCCAGACUCCCACGGAGACGAAGACAGAGGCUGCUGCGUAG